AUGGCUGUGCAGAGAAAGAAGCUAAUAGUCGAUACAGAUGGCGGGAUUGACGAAAUUUUUAUGAUGUUGGACUCAACUGUGUAUGACGUCAUUGGCAUCACUUGCGUCAGGGGUAAUAGUGACGUAGAUCAAGUUGUACGGAACGUCUUAAAAAUACUCGCUGCAGCAGGGAAAUCUCAUAUUCCAGUUUUUCGGGGAUGUGAUUGUUCCAUCGUAGGUGAAGUUUCGUUAAACCUGAAAUGUCGUAAUUACCAUGGAGAUGACGGCUUAGGAGAUUCUUGUUUUGAAGAACCAGACCUUGGCCUUCUGCAAAAUGAAACAGCGGUAGAAACAAUGAUCCGUUUAUCAAAGGAUAACCCUGGGGAAAUAACUCUAAUGUGUAUUGGACCACUAACCAAUCUUGGUACUGCUUUGAAACAGGACAAACACUUCGGAAGUCGUCUGCGAGACUGCUUCAUAUUGGGAGGCAACUAUUAUGGCAGAGGGAACGCCACUGUGAGUGCGGAGUUUAACUUCUUUGCUGACCCCGAAGCAGCUUGUGUUGUACUGUCACAACUUCGAUGUCCAAAGACACUUGUUGGUCUAGAGAUUUUUACUGAAAGCGCAAUAACAUGGGAUGAGUAUGACCAACUACGGAAUUUCCCUGGCAAGAAAAAUCAAUUUUUAAAGUGUAUUGAAGGAAAUGCAGUGGCUUGUUCCCGCAGGAAUGGUCAAGACUAUUGUUCCCCGGAUGCUGUUUUGGCGGCAAUAAUGUUGAAUUCUGGGAUUGUUUUGCAAAGUAGACAUAUAUACACAACAGUAGAAAUCAGCGGGAAACUUACUCGUGGACGGAUGGUGAUCGACUGGGAUCAACAGCUCCAGAAAAAUCCUAACAUAAACAUCGUCACCAAAAUCAAUGAUAAUUUAUUCUUUCGUGAACUUCUGAAAAUUGCUAAGGUCUAA